AAACGCUUUCCUUCUUGCUCCCCUUCCAUGCUUAGAGUCGAUCAACUCUCUCUCGCGCGCGGGCGCACCCAUUCCUUUCUCCUCUCUUCCGGCGAUAUUUAGCGAAGCGCGCGAUGGCGACACUGGCACCAGGGAUUCUAUUGAAGCUUCUCGAUGGCAUGAACACCGGAAAAGCUGCCAAACUAACCGGGGAGCACCGAAAUGCUCUCUUGCAGGUGACCGACAUCGUCCCAGCGGACCUCGAUGAGAAGGAUCUCUGGCCGAGGCACGGAUUCUUCAUCAAAGUAUCAGAUUCCUGCCACUCCAUCUAUGUCAGCCUGCCAUCCGAUCAAGAUGACCUUGUGCUCAGCAACAAGCUGCAGCUUGGCCAGUUCGUCUAUGCCGGCAGCUUAGAGCCAGGAUCACCGGUUCCAGUUAUCAUGGGAGUGAAGCCGCUCCCCGGAAGACACCCUCUGGUGGGCACGCCGGAACCCGUCGUCGCAGCGAAAGGCAGCCGCCGCCAAAGAGGCUCAUGGGGGCCGGACCAAAACCGGACCGGCGGUGCUCCCUCACCGGAGGUCGUCAAGCCGACCGCACUGGUAUCCGCCGGGAAAACCCCAGUUAAGGAUCGGGCACGAAGUACUCAGGUUUCGCCGCUGGUUAGCGGGAGAGUGGCCCCAAGAUCGUCAGUAAGCGGAGCGCUUCUGUCCAAGAUGGCAGACUUAAAGGAAGCAAGCUCAGCUUCACUAAGGAAAAGCUGCGUCUUCUCCAAGUCCUCGAGGAGCAAGACCCUGUGCGAGCGCAAUCCUAAAAUCCCAAAGAGUCUCUUCCCCACUGAGAAUAAUGCAACAACUUUCACAACUAGAUUGAGAAGCGCUGCUAAAGCUGAAGAUUUCUCCUCAGCGUCUGAUGAGCAACAAGAAGACAAUUCAGUGACAUCUAACCAAGAAAGCUCGGGAAAUCGCUUGCAAUUACCUAGAAAGCUCAGCACACUAGGAAAGGAGGCGAUUCAGCGCAAAGAAGCAGCUGGGAAGGUAGCUCUUCAAGCGCUGCGAGAUGCUUCUGCCACAGAAACUAUAGUUCGGAUCCUCAAGAUGUUCUCAGACUUGAGCACUGCUGCGAGACCAGAAGCUCCAGCUGCUUGCUUCGAUCGGUUCCUAAGCUUUCAUCAAGAGAUUGUGCAGGCAAUGACUGACCUGGAGACGAUUCGAGCAGCUACUUCAAUUAGCGAGACAAAUAAGGAGUCGACAGCAGUGAAACCAAGCGAGAAGGAUGAUCAAGCCAUAAUCCUGCAAGAGAGAGCACAUAAUUCAAUCAACGGAGAUGGGCAGGAAAAUAUGAAAUCCAAGAGAAGAGCAGUUGUUUCUAAUUCAGUUUCAUUUGGCCCUGAAACAAGUGAGUUAAAAGUAAGCCUCGUCAAGCACCGGAGAUCGAGUGGGAACCAAAAGACUUCUUCAGGUAGGAAAGGAGUGGAUGAUGGCAUCGAUAAAGAUGAGAACAAAGCACCGUCUCCUAGCUUGGGUGGCUCGAUAAAGUUGGCGAAGAAUAUACGAGAUGAAGCUGCACUUUGGUUUAUGGAGUUCCUGGAGGCGGCAUUGGAAUCAGGCCUGAAGAAAACAAGAGGUUCUAUGGGUGUUGGUGGACGGAAGUCAGGAUGCUGCCCGCAGUCAUUGAUACUGAGGGUAAUCAACUGGGUAGAGGUGGAGCUUCCCAAGAAUCCAGUCCAUCCUAGAGUAACACAGAUAGCAAGAAAACUAAGGAUAAAAGCAAAGAAUCCUUGAUUCAAACGCAAUUGUUAUGCAGAGUGGAAUAGGUCUCCUAGAUCCCACUGUUGAUUAUGUAAUGAUUUGAGCCUAUAUGUAUAUAUGUGUAUGUGUGUGUACAUUUCAUUCGUGUGUAGAAUGGAUACUAGCAGUUCUUUUAC